UGUGUAACAUGUAGACGCUUCCAAGGGAAAACCCUUCAGCCCAAAAUGGGCAAUCUCCCUGCACAGCGCAUUACCGUCGAUUUUCCCUUUGUUUCAGUUGGUCUAGAUUUUGCUGGCCCGUUCUUUAUCGUUAACCGAAGAGGACGAGGAGCAAGAUUGACGAAAUGCUACAUGUGCUUAUUUAUUUGCAUGCGCUACAAGUGUAUACAUUUAGAGGCUGUAGGCGGUCUAUCCAAGGACGAUUUUUUGAUGACAUUGAAGCGUUUCAUCGCUCGACGCGGUAAGCCAGUGGAAAUAUUCUCCGACAACGGUCGUAAUUUUGUCGCGGCGGCCAAGGAGCUAGGAUCAUUUCUAAAGACAUAUAACCACUUACUUUCCGACUUUGCUGCACUAGAAGGAAUACAAUUUAAUUUCAUCCCUGCUUACUCCCCUCAUUUCGGCGGCAUUUGGGAAUCAGGUAUUAAAUCCGCAAAACACCAUGUCAAACGUGUUAUAGGCAAUUUACACCUCACCUUUGAGGAAUUGCAGACUUUGUUCGCACAAGUGGAGGCAAUAUUAAACAGCCGGCCCUUAUGUCCAAUGUCCUCAAAUCCCAACGACUUUCUUCCCCUUUCUCCGGGACACUUUCUCAUCGGAAGACCGUUAACCACGUUCCCAUCUCCACUAGUAGAAGAGACGGAUCCCAACAAGCUAAAGCGAUAUAAAAGAUUAGAGCAACUCCGACAGCAUUUUUGGCAACGUUGGCAAAACGAGUACAUCAAUGAACUACAAAGAAGACAAAAAUGGAUGAGGGAAUCUCCUCAGCUUAAGGUCGAUGAUUUAGUUCUGAUUAAAGAGGAAAACCUGCCGCCCCUGUGUUGGAGACUUGGAAGGGUGACAAAAUUGUAUCCGGGACCUGAUGGCGUGGUACGAGUGGCGGACGUCAGAACUCCUACAAGCUGCCUUCGACGAGCUUUGGUUCGCUUGUGCCCCCUUCCCAUUCCAGAAGACGAUCCUAAGUUGAAAGAGAAUCCUUUCAACGGGGGGAGCAUGGCGCAGCUGCAUGCGCCUACGCACAAUGAAUAGCAAUAUCAAGUAUUUCUACAAGUGGCGGCUCAUUAAAUU